GCGUCCCCUCCGCGUGUGGCGAUGUACUGCACGGGGGGCAUCCGCUGUGAGAAGGCCACCGCGUACAUGCUGCACCUCGGCUUCAAAGAGGUGUACCAUCUGGACGGCGGCAUCCUGCGCUAUCUGGCCGAGGUGCCUCCCGACGACAGCCUGUGGGAAGGCGAGUGCUUCGUCUUCGACAAGCGCGUGGCCGUGGGCCACGGGCUGCAACCCACCGCCACCUUCCGCCUGUGCUACGCGUGCCAGCAGCCGGUGGACGCGGCGGACAUGCAGUCGCCGCUGUGGGAGGAGGGUGUCUCGUGCCCGCACUGCCACGCAAGCAAGAGCGCUGAGGAGAAAGAGCGCGCACGCGCCAGGCAGCAGCAGUUUCAGCGGUGGGGUGCGGUGGGCGGGCCGGGCGUGAGCAUGUUCAACAGGCUUCUUUAGAGCGUGGUACACGAGGGCAAGGGUCAGGGCCGCAUAGAGGGUCGGGGCGCAAUGAUGACACUUCACCGCACUAGACCACCUUUGCAGGCAAGCCAGCAGUGCAGCUUUGCAGUGGUGUGCCGAUGCACCUACUACUUCCAUGUUGGAACACCAGCAGGCCCUGGUUGAUUGUGUAGCUUAUCAACACGUGCCAUCCACGGAGGCCGUUGAUGCUGGAGCGGAACAAGCUGUUCCUUAUUUAUUAGCUGAACUAGGCAC